GUGGUGCGGCCAUCAUCUACAACUCCCCCUUCGAAACAGCCAUCCAGUGAAACCACUUUUGAACCUUAGAAACCACCUGCUCCCCUCUACGAAAAUAAAUCCCAAAUCACAGCCCUGUUUAUCACAGCUAAUGCAUGAUCUGUUCUCGUUGCAGCCUUUUCUAUAAGCAUUUCAGAGUGGGCAUGAACAACUUUGCUGAAAGACCACGAUAUUUCAGCCGUCACUUAAAUUUGCAGGGCUGCCUUCUCUUCAUGUCCUCCUCUGUGUCCUCCCAGCCGUUUUCUGUGUCACUGUGUGCAUUGUGUUUCUCUCCUCUAGAUAAAAAGCUGAGAGCGGUCGUCAUUUUGAACUUGCCUCUCCUUUUCCAGCUCUGCAUGAGCCAGACUGUGACAGCUGAAUACGACUACAAUAGCAACUUCACGAUUGACUACGAUGCGUAUGCAGACAUCUGCAAGAAGGAUGAGAUCCGGCGAUUCCGUGCAGUUUUCUUACCCGUUGUAUAUUCCCUUGUGUGUUUUGUGGGGCUGGCAGGCAACUGCCUGGUCAUGGUGACGAACAUCUACUUCAAGAGGCUCAAGACGAUGACAGAUAUCUACCUCCUCAACCUCGCCGUAGCGGACAUCCUUUUCCUGCUGACUCUCCCCUUCUGGGCCUUCAGCGCAGCAAAGUAUUGGGUCUUUAAGGAGUUUGGUUGCAAAGCCAUCCAUUGCAUCUGCCAGAUGAGCUUCUUUAGCGGAAUGUUGCUGCUGCUCUCCAUCAGCAUCGACAGGUAUUUCGCCAUUGUCCAGGCCCCCUCAGCCCACCGCCUUCGGUCCCAGAGAGUUUUCGCCAGCAAGGUCACCUGCCUCUCCAUUUGGAUCCUAGCUUUCGUCCUCUCCAUCCCUGAGCUGGUCCACAGGGGCAUCUAUGAGUCUGACCAACAGAAGCCGCGCUGCAGCAUCCUAGCGUACAACUUGCUGGCCUUCAGCACCGGCAUCAGGAUUUGCCAGAUGCUCUUUGGCUUCCUGAUGCCUCUCCUAGUGAUGACGUUCUGCUACUGUGUCAUCAUCAGGACCUUGUUCCAAGCCCGUAGCUUCGAGAAGAACCGGGCGAUCAAGGUCCUCAUCGCCGUGAUGGUGGUCUUUGUCCUCUUCCAGCUGCCCUACAAUGGCGUCGUGCUAGCUGAGACCAUCUCGGCCUUCAACCACACCAAUGGCGAAUGCGAAGUCAUCAAGCGCAUGGAUGUGGCCAAUGACGUGACAUACGGCCUGGCGUGCUUCCGCUGCUGCCUCAACCCCUUCCUGUACGCCUUCAUAGGUGUCAAGUUCCGCAACGACCUGCUCCGGCUCCUCAAGAACCUGGGCUGCAUCAGCCAAGCGCAGCUCUGGCAGUGGUCAACGUACCGGGAUAACACAAGGUGCUCCAUUGCCACGGAAACUGACACCACCACCACUUUCUACCCCUGAAAGGCUCCAUGGACCGCCAGUCAACUUGGUGUCACAACAGCAGCCUUUUCCAUUGGCCAGCAUGAGAGAUUGACACUUGGAACCAUUGAAUCUCACCUGGUGGGUAUGUUUCCAAGUUGCCUGAAGGGCCCAAUGGACUGCCCGCCUCCUCCACAGAUCAAUUCACAUCAUUCAGACUGUUGUAUAGAGUAAAGAGAUGUGGACUGCAGAAAAAUUGCUCACGGAUCUCAAGCAAGUGAGCUGAUGGCGGGGACAAAACUCUGCCUAUGAACUAGAAGAGUGAGCCUAAAUCAGGGUUUCCCAUACGUGGGUUUCCACCUGGUUUUUGUCACUACAAUACCCAUCACCCCUGACCACUGGUCCUGCUAGCUAGGGAUGAUGGGAGUUGUAGUCCAAAAACAGCUGUAGUCACAAGUUAGGGAAACCCUGGCCUAAAUGAAUGUAAGAAAAGUUGUGUUGGAUCAGGCCAAAGGCCCAUCUAUCUAGUCCAGCAUUACUGUUCUCACAGUGGCCAGGUACCUAUCUGCCUUCUCACACAGGACUUGUUCUCCAGGCCCCUCCCUAGCUCUUUCUGUGGAACUCUCUAUUGUUUCUCGGUGGUGAGGUAAACGCACUCUGCAGCUGCUCAGGGGCCCAUUUAAUCUACUCUUGCUGAAUAUUAUCAUGUGUUUUCUAGCAGAUUGCUGUGAACACAGCUAUCCCUGGGGGUUUGCCUUAACGCAAUACCUGUCCAGAGUCUCAGACUUGUCAGAGGAAUGUUAAUAGCUCGUGAUGUUCAGGAAAUGGUCUCUCAGCAGGAGCCAAAUGUUAGAAGGUGGCCUCUUGAGACACGAAUAUGUUCUAAAUAGGAGAAACCCAGGAGAGAUUGGGUGAUGCAGCAUGCCUUCCCUAUUCCCUCAAGUUAUGGAAGGUCCGGGUUGGGGAGAAAAGCCGCAGUUAGUGACUGGGACUCAGAAGAGAUAUUUGAACUCAGGAAAGUACUAUUUUGAGGGCUGCCUCUCUAGCAGUCUGGUGUGGGACCGUAGCAUUUGCUGCUUGUAAGAGGGUUAAGCUGUGCCUCCACCUGUG